AUUAUGAUAGUUAGUAUCAUUCAUGGAAGCAUGACACAACUAGCGUGGCGCGUACCUUGGCCGAGGUCGCACCUUUCAAACUUGAAUUGACCGUUUUGGAGAAGACACAUAUAGCGUCGAUUCACUCGAUCAUUAUGCAUGGGGCUUAGGCUUAGGCACGGUAUUCUUCCGGCCCGAUCGUGAUUAUAGUCGUGUUCGCGGUGAUUUGACUUCAUUUAAUCUUGGUCUAACCAAAAUGAUAUAUCAUGGUUGGCAUUCACCAUGUCGUCCCCAAAGCAAGAAUUACCUACCCAUACGCAAGUCUUGACCGUUCAGAAAGCUAGGACGGCGGCUGGCGGAAAGUCUGUGUACCCUAAUGACGCCGUACUCGAAACCAAGCCAGUUCCCAAGCUUGGGAAGGGAUAUGUUCUCGUAAAGAUUAACGCAGCUGGAUUCAAUCAUAGAGACCUUUGGAUUCGCAAGGGUCAAUACCCAAGUAUCAUUCAUGGUAGCACUUUCGGUGCAGAUGGAGCUGGGGUCGUCAUUGCCUCUGGAGAUGAGAACGACCCUCUCGUGAACAAAAGAGUAUUUCUCGUGCCUACCCGCGGAUGGGAAAACGACCCUUACGCACCGGAGUCUCCAAAGUUCACCAUCCUUGGGGGUGGAGGAUUUAUGUCACCACUGGGUACCUUUGCACAAUAUGUUGUGGUAGAACGAGACCAAGUUAUACCUUCCCCCGAUCAUCUGGACGAUGAACACAUCUCUGCAUGGCCAGUGGGCGGAGUCACCGCUUGGAGAGCAGUUGUUAUCAAUGCAUUGGUAAAGAAAGGUGACAAUGUCCUCAUUACCGGCAUAGGCGGAGGCGUUGCCUUGAUUGCCUUGCAAUUGUGCGUUGCUCUUGGUGCCAACGUUUAUGUAUCUUCCGGUAACGAGGAGAAGAUACGUAAAGCCGUCUCUCUCGGUGCCAAAGGCGGCGUUAACUACAAAGCUGAUGACUGGUCCUCCGAGCUGGAGGCUCUGCUCAGGAAGCAACAGGGGCCAACUGCUGCGCUCUCUGCCAUUAUUGACUCCGGUGGCGGGGAUCUUAUGACUAGGCUUGGUAGGCUCCUCAAGUCUGGAGGCCGCGUUGUUGUAUACGGCAUGACUGCCAACCCGAAGAUGACCUUUACUAUGCGUGAAGUGCUGAAGAACCAACAGCUUAUUGGUUCCACAAUGGGAUCUCACAAGGACCUCAUCGAAGCUACUGAGUUCCUGGCCGAGCACAAGAUUGUGCCAGUCGUAUCACAUAUACUAGAUGGACUGGAAGCCGCAGAGGAGGGAUUCGACCUCAUAGCAAGGGGUGAACAGUUUGGGAAGGUUGUGAUCCGAGUUAAGCAUGCUACUACGGUCCCGGCCAAGCUAUGACGACGGUAUGACAGUCGCCACUUAUAUCGUUGUGCAUGUACCCGUAUCUCCCUAGCAGAAUAAAAGAGUUGGACUGCAUGUUGCAGGCGUGGCAAGUU